ACCGAGGGUCCCCGGACCCGGGAUACUUCCGUCCCAUUAUGGCAGUAAGACCCCGCAAAAACUUGAACCGACUUCUCAUCCCGAGUAUUACUUUUAGUCUUGGGCUGGAUAGCGUAUUAAUAUCCGAGGUGUGCACCCUGUCACCAUUCCGAGGUAAUCUAUUUAAUACUGAUAAUAAUCUCAGCAAUUCAUGGCACUGACAUCGGACUCGACAAAAGAGGUACUCAGCGUCCUUGCCUACAGCCGACCAGAUUUUCGUACAGAAGUCUUGGACCUGACGUCCCUUCCGAUUGAGCUCUUCGAAUUGAUUUUCCGUUCAGCGGACUUGCGCGCUAUCGCAUCUUUCCAACGUGUUAACAAACGCGCUAGGAUAAUCGCUCGCUCGUCCAUACCCUACAAGUACUUGCUUCUUCAUGCUCCCAGCGCACUCUGUGCUUUGACUAGGUCGACUGCAUAUUUCACCGUCGGCCAGCUUUACGACGUACUGUGCAGUAGCACAUGCAGUGUAUGUGACCAGUUCGGCGGGUUCAUAUGGCUUCCUGCAUGUAAGCGAUGCUGCGUGCCUUGCCUCAGGGAGUCUCCGCAGUUACGACCCAUAACGCAACGUGAAUCCAUGGCUGCAUUGGGUCUCCGGCGAAGGGCCCUGCCAGAUGAUCCUGGGGCAUCUCAUAUCGGACUCGGGGAGAAACCGCUUAGAAAAGCGCUGCAUCAGAAGAGCGGUUAUAGGACUGUCGGAACCUCAACCAGUACUCACCAUUCUACUGUGAAUUUCACCGGCGGCUCCGGCGUUCAGUUCUCUUCAGCGACGUUUCUCCCAUAUCUCGACCGCUCUACGGGCACACUGCAUUAUGGCGUGUCCUGUCGUGGCUGUGAUUGUGCAUAUCAGAGUGCUAUGAAUGAUCCUGAAGUCUCAUACGUCGAGCGUAUGGCGUUGUUUAGGCGGCGAGAGCUAACUUACUCUCUUGACGGGUUUCUCCUCCACCUGGAGACGUGUUCAGAAGGGAAGACCUUAUGGCCACUUUUUGACCUCUCCGCCACCUAAACGGCGAUCCUAGCGCUCGACUCAUAUCUCUCGCUUGUGUAGGAAUGGGACCAGGGAAACGGGUUAAUUUUCAGACCGAGAAGGGCUAGGUACCAAUAGAUUCAAUCCAAGGUACGGAAUCUUAAGUUCAGCACUGCAACCCGAGCUCUUCAGCUCUCUGAGGCGGGAGA